CGAGCAAAACUGGAAAUCCUCACUGCAUGCUUCGCAACUAGCAACAAUCCAGAGCUCAGAUGAACGUAUUCUCCAUUGGGAAAUUUAAAGCCACUUUUGUCUUUGAAUGAUGAUCAUUGGAUUCUAAAAGUACUCCGAACAAUCAAAGGUUGAGAUGAAUAUUUCUUGAUUAACGGUUCCUGAACUCUUCAUCGUAUUUGGCUGAUGAUGAAGAUACACACGGAGUAGAAUGGAUACUGACAGGUAAGAGGUUGCCACGCAAGUCGGCCGUCGUUUGAGUCGGAGGAGUGCAAAGGGGAUUAAUACUUCUCUCUCUUUCUGUCACAAGAAUACUCUUGAGAUCUCACCCCUGUGGUUGUGAGUCGGUCGAAGCAAAAAGCAUGUCAUAGUUUGCCACCACCGUCUUGGCUCAGCGCUUGGUACAAGCAUGUGUCUGCACUUCCUUGGAUCAUUUGUGACUCAAGUCUGAAGGAGGAUCCUGGAUGUUUGAUGUCACAAGGCUAACUUUUUUUUUGCAGUGGCAAGCAGCUGCUAUUCUAGCGUUUGAUUGCGCUCCUAAUGCUCUAGCUACCCGCCAAUGAAUUUGCGUUGAGCAGUUCCUAAUUAAAUCAAUUUAAGUGUCAACAUGGUUGCGCUGGAAACGUCACAUCCCUUUGUUUUUGUACUCAUGUGGAAACUAUUAACUUAUUUUGUGGACACUGGACAGGGUUUUGAAGUGGUCGAGCGGGAUUAUGAAAUACCAAUUAGUGCGGAUACAUUCUUGCAUGGACCUCUUGUUGAUUGGGGUAUGAAUGAUUACCUGGAAAUAGGCCAGAGAGCUGAUGGGAUCGAAAGUCGCUCAUUGUUAACAUUUGAUAUUGGCCAGUUCAUGUUGGAAAGCCAGUGGGGCCAGGAAGAUAGAUAUCCAAACAUAAACCAAAGCACAAUCCUCAGAACUUCCCUCAGUCUUAGCUGCACCAACAUCGAAAAUGCCGGAAGUACCGAUCCUUUCGAACGAAACUUUCAAGACACCCUCCAUGUUGGCCGUCUCUUGGUUCCAUGGGAGGAGGACGUAGCAACUUCUGUUGUGCGUGCAAAUGGUGGUCAGUUUUGGGAAGUGGAAAAUGUGGGAACAGAUGGAACUGAUGCAACGGCUUCGGUUGCAAGUGCCUCUGUAGAUAUCACCUAUGCAGCCUGCCAGGAAGGCGCGUCUGUUUCAUUUGAUAUUACAGAUACGCUCUUGUCAUGGAUCAACGGGUCAAGUCCUAACUACGGUCUUGUGAUUUGGGCCGAGGAUGCCAUGCUUACAAGAAAGUGGAUCAAGUUUGUAUCUAGUGGUAGCCACGAUGUCGUCAAUCAUCCAGUACUUGCGGUUACCAUUCAAGAUACACUAGUCACAACACCAGGUGAGUACUCAUUUCAAAACAAUAUAUUUGUAAACUUCCAUAAAAUAAAUAUUCGUCCAAGUUGAAGCAAAUUUUUAGACCAAAUUAUGCGAAACAAGUUCUUUUUUCCCAUAAAGUCGAACAGGUUUUUAUGGUCUCAAAAAUUUGACUCAGCUAAAUUACCUGUAUAUUACAGAUAUAUUUGGAUGUACUUGGUACAGCUUUUCAGUGCACCAAGACUGAGUACAAUAGAUUCUUGUUUCUUUCAGAGAGGAUUUCUUAUGUGCAUUGUAUUGAAAUUCCAUAAUUUGUAUUGCUGAUGGAAUUGUAAAACAAUCAUUUGACUUUGUAGGCAUACAAAAGUAAAUGCAGAACAUGCUUGCAGUUAUCAAGGGUGUAUUUAUCACUGAGAAUUUUACUUGGUAAUCAACUACAACUUUAAUCAGAUUCAUUUAUGGUCAGUGUGCCCCAUAUCCAAAUAGUUCUAAGAAUACUGGCCCUGAUGACCGAAAAAGGACAAAAAUAAGACUUAUCUGUCAGCUCAACAUACAAUCCAACGAAAGUUGAAUGAAUGAAUGACCAAACAUACAGUAUAUAUAAUAUACAUUUAUCACUGUAAAGUACAUUAACAUAAGUUUAAAUAUAACAACAUUGAUGGUCUUUAGGACACCGAGAUAAGCGAGGCUAGUGAGAGGGGCCCUGUCUAAAUGAAGAUUCUGGGUGCAAUCAUAGCUGAAGAAACAAGCACAAAAUCUGGAAUUCAGUGGCAUAAUGGGCCAGUGCCAACUGACUAAUUAUUACAAGAAAAGAAAGUUCAAUAUAAUUCAUAUACAUUCUUAUCUAUAUGUGUGCAAUUACAAAAUACAAUUCAUUGCAAUAUUACACUACAUUGAACAUCAUUCUGCUGUUACUGGCUUACCACUAUAUAACCAAUUUGUCAAUGAUUUCCUUUAAAUGACCUACACCAAAUGAGAGAAGGGGCCCGUUUCAUGAAGAGUUACAACUGUUGUAACUUUGCCAUUAUGGCAACUACCAUGGCAACAGGGCUCAGCAGCCAAUCAAAAUCUAGGUUACCAUUGUAGUUGUCAUAAUGGCAACGUUACAACAGUUCUCUUUAUGAAAAAGGUCCCAAGGUCUGAUCCAAUCCAUCUUAUCACCUGCAUGUAGCAGACCUUGUCAUAAUUAUUCUGAAUUUAGAGAAAAAUCAUCUGAAUUUCAAUCAUCCUCAGUGCUUCUUUUAAUUUAUGAUUUUCCUAUUUUCUUAAUACUGCACACCCUUGUGAAAAAUAAAUUGUUUUGUCUGUUCGGAUGGUUGGAGGUACAUUUCUCCAAAACAGUAUAUAUUUAAUAACUUUUUAUCCUUGAUAUGUAGGCUAAUCACCAUUUGGUCUGAUUGUUUUCAAUAUGACCUAGUCUUUAAUGGAUCCAUUGAAGUUUCAAUUUGUCUAUAACUUUCCAGUAGUUCUAUGUACAGAUUCUAUGUUUGUUUAAGGCCCAUUGAAUUGUUUGCAAUGUUCCAGAUAGUUAUUAUUCAAUCAUAUAAAUCAUGAAAAUCAGAAGACUUACACUUGUUGUGACAGAAAUAGACUUUUAACCCUUUGAACCCGACAGGCCGGAAUACCGGCCUACCAGUGAACGCACAUAUACCCGAGCCU